CCCUUCCAGCCCAGUGUUAUAAAGCCGAGUGAAUUCUCUUCCUGUCGGUUGGGGUCUGCUGCGUUAGAAUUUCAGCUAUAACGGAAAAAGCUUAACAUGGGAACUCGAGAUGAUGAGUAUGAUUAUUUAUUUAAAGUGGUGCUCAUUGGAGACUCUGGUGUGGGGAAGAGUAACCUGCUGUCCCGUUUCACACGCAAUGAGUUCAACCUGGAGAGCAAGAGCACCAUCGGUGUGGAGUUUGCUACCCGAAGCAUUCAAGUGGAUGGAAAAACCAUAAAAGCUCAGAUUUGGGACACAGCAGGACAGGAGCGCUACAGAGCAAUCACAUCAGCGUAUUACCGGGGUGCAGUCGGCGCUCUUCUGGUGUAUGACAUUGCCAAGCACCUGACCUAUGAGAACGUAGAGCGCUGGCUGAAGGAGCUGCGUGACCAUGCGGACAACAACAUUGUCAUUAUGUUGGUGGGAAACAAAAGUGACCUGAGGCACCUCCGAGCUGUGCCCACUGACGAGGCCCGGGCCUUUGCAGAAAAGAACAACCUGUCUUUCAUUGAGACUUCAGCUUUGGACUCCACAAAUGUCGAAGAGGCUUUUAAAAAUAUACUCACAGAAAUCUAUCGCAUUGUAUCACAAAAGCAGAUUGCAGACAGGUCUGCACAUGACGAGUCUCCUGGCAACAACGUGGUGGACAUCAGUGUCCCUCCUACCACUGAUGGGCUGAAAGGCAGCAAAUUCCAGUGCUGCCAGAACCUGUGACCCUACUCUUUCCUCACUCUCUGCUGCUUCUUCCUCUGUUCCUCUCACUCAUCGCUUCUUUGCUGUGUAUUGUGCAACCGCUACUGCUCUAGCUCUGUCUAUUCAUGUUGAGUCUAGAAUUCUCCCCAGUCCUGUGAAGUUCUAGAUAACAUUCCUAUUUUUUUUUUUGUCCUGAUUUUGAUUUUUUGUUUGUGUAAGACUUUGUGUACUUUUCCUUUUUCCUUCCACUAUCACAUCUGAAUUCAUGCUACUUAAUGAAUUAGAUUUUGGAAGUAAUUCUGGUUGGGCACUGAUCGUGUGACCCGCUCCUAAGGAAAAGGAUGGUGAGGGAUCAGUGUGUCCUGAGCUUCCAGCCAAUCUGAGGAGUUUCCACUUGGAGAUUCCCAACACUAAGUGAGGCUGCUGUUCAGCCGGUCCCAGAAAGGGAUUCCUGCUAGGUUAACUUUUGGCUGAGAAUCUGCAUGGGGCAAGAAACCUUGUCUGGAUUGUACAGAUACCAAAGGGAGACUGCAAUCAUUUCAGUUGUGCGUAAAUAAGGUGAACAUUUCAGACUGCACAGUCAAUAAAUGAUUCUGCACUAUCGUGAGUAGCACUGGGUGACACUCCCAAGUGAGUUCAUAUAAUGAUUCUGUAUUGCGUUCAGGGCACCAGUUACAGCAGUAAUGUGAAUGCAAAUGUUUCCUGUUAAUUAUACACACAGAUUAAAAUAAAAUGAGUUAUCCCAGUGCAGGCUUUGCACUGUUAAGUUAUAGUAGCUGUUAACUGGGAAUGUGUGUGCUUGGCCUUUUCACUGUUCAAGCUGGUUGACUGUCAUCUCGUAUCUGAACAUGCAUCAUCCUGUUAUUGGAUUCCUGGUUGAUUUUAAGUGACACUUGUGUGUUAGUUUGAAAAUGCCUUAUGUUUUCCCAUGCUGUGAUUAAAAAAAUGCCUUUAUUAAAGCGUGGUUCUAUGACGUUCACAUAUCCAUGAAGUUACAUCAGCUGUUUUGCCUUUUAUCGAGUUAUAUUGGGAUGGAAAAUAAAAUUGUCUCACACUGUUA